GUGUGUGGUUUGAGUGUGUGCACGCGCGGGCCCCCCGAGAGCAUCACAGACCCCGAGAAGGAGGAGCUAUGUAGAUUCCGGGUGAACAUUCUGGAGGGGAGCGGAGAGGAGGGAAGGAACAGCAGAGGCAGUGAGCUGGGAGCGGCGGAGGCCCUUCCCGCAGAAACUGGGGGCACCGGCGGCGUAGGAGGUGGAGGAGGCGGAGGACGCACGGGCUGGAGGCGGCGGCUGCGACUCAGCGGCGCUGGGAGUCGGAACCGCGGCUGAACUUGGGCGCCACGUUCCGGGCGACAGCAGGGUGAGGAUGGUGAACACUCGCCGCCGCUGACCCUGCCUUUCCUCCGCUCCUCCCAGACUGCCUGCCCCGGCGCUGAUCUCCUCCCCUGGAGGGGUGGGUGAACCUGCAAGCUCCUUACCCACCCGAGGACUUUUUUUGAAAGGAAACGAGGGAGUGGGCAUUGGGAAAGAGGGAGAAAACGCAGGGGAGCUCGUCCAUCCGUAGAGGCACAGUUCACUAUGAUCUUACUCGCAUUCAGCACUGGAAGAAGGUUGGAUUUCGUGCAUCGUUCAGGGGUGUUUUUCUUGCAAACCUUGCUUUGGAUUUUAUGUGCUACGGUCUGCGGAACGGAGCAGUAUUUCAAUGUGGAGGUUUGGCUACAAAAAUACGGCUACCUUCCACCAACUGAUCCCAGAAUGUCAGUGCUACGCUCUGCAGAGACCAUGCAGUCGGCUCUAGCUGCCAUGCAGCAGUUCUAUGGCAUUAAUAUGACAGGAAAAGUGGACAGGAACACAAUUGACUGGAUGAAGAAGCCUCGCUGUGGUGUACCAGACCAGACAAGAGGCAGCUCCAAAUUCAACAUUCGUCGAAAGCGCUACGCACUAACUGGCCAGAAGUGGCAACACAAACACAUCACUUACAGUAUAAAGAACGUAACUCCAAAAGUUGGAGACCCUGAGACCAGGAGAGCAAUUCGCCGUGCCUUUGAUGUGUGGCAGAAUGUAACUCCACUAACAUUUGAAGAAGUUCCCUACAGUGAACUAGAAAAUGGCAAACGUGAUGUGGAUAUAACCAUCAUUUUUGCAUCCGGUUUUCAUGGAGACAGUUCCCCCUUUGAUGGGGAGGGAGGAUUUUUGGCACAUGCCUAUUUCCCUGGACCAGGAAUUGGAGGAGAUACUCAUUUUGAUUCUGAUGAGCCAUGGACACUGGGAAAUCCCAAUCAUGAUGGAAAUGAUUUAUUCCUUGUAGCAGUUCAUGAACUGGGGCAUGCUCUAGGACUGGAGCAUUCCAAUGACCCCACUGCUAUCAUGGCACCAUUUUACCAGUACAUGGAAACGGACAACUUCAAGCUCCCUAAUGAUGAUUUACAGGGCAUCCAGAAAAUAUAUGGUCCACCUGACAAGAUCCCUCCACCCACAAGACCUCUACCGACAGUGCCCCCUCACCGAUCUGUCCCUCCGGCUGACCCAAGGAAAAAUGACAGGCCAAAGCCUCCCCGGCCUCCCACUGGCAGACCUUCCUAUCCAGGAGCCAAACCCAACAUCUGUGAUGGGAACUUCAACACUCUAGCUAUUCUUCGACGGGAGAUGUUUGUUUUUAAGGACCAGUGGUUUUGGCGAGUGAGAAACAACAGGGUGAUGGAUGGAUACCCCAUGCAAAUUACUUACUUCUGGCGGGGCUUGCCUCCCAGUAUUGAUGCAGUUUAUGAAAACAGUGAUGGAAAUUUUGUCUUUUUUAAAGGUAACAAAUACUGGGUGUUCAAGGAUACAACUCUUCAACCAGGUUACCCACAUGACUUGAUUACCCUUGGGAAUGGAAUUCCCCCUCAUGGUAUUGAUUCUGCCAUUUGGUGGGAAGACGUUGGCAAAACCUAUUUCUUCAAAGGCGACAGAUAUUGGAGAUAUAGUGAAGAAAUGAAAACCAUGGACCCUGGCUAUCCAAAGCCCAUCACCAUCUGGAAGGGGAUCCCUGAAUCACCUCAGGGAGCUUUUGUCCACAAAGAAAAUGGCUUUACCUAUUUCUACAAAGGAAAGGAGUAUUGGAAAUUCAACAACCAGAUACUCAAAGUAGAACCUGGGUAUCCAAGAUCCAUCCUCAAGGAUUUUAUGGGCUGUGAUGGACCAACAGACCGAGAUAAAGAAGGACUCAGCCCACCAGAUGAUGUAGACAUUGUCAUCAAACUGGACAACACAGCCAGCACUGUGAAAGCCAUAGCUAUUGUCAUUCCCUGCAUCUUGGCCUUAUGCCUCCUUGUAUUGGUUUACACUGUGUUCCAGUUCAAGAGGAAAGGAACACCCCGCCACAUACUGUACUGUAAACGCUCUAUGCAAGAGUGGGUGUGAUGUAGGGAUUUCUUUUUUCUUUCUUUUCCAGGAGUUUGUGGUACCUUGAGAUUCAAGACAAGAGCUGUUAUGCUGUUUCCUAGCUAGGAGCAGGCUUGUGGCAGCCUGAAUCGGGGCUGACCUUCCAAACCUAGAGGGUUGCUGGUCCUGCACAUGAGUGGAAAUACAUUCAUGGAGAAUCUUCCAUGAUGCUCAGUAUCUGCCGUUCUUCAGUCCUCUGUCUUUCUUUGUCAUUCAGUUCUAGGCCUUUCCUCUGCACGCUCAAUGCCCAGUAAAAUUUCAGGAUUAACUGCAGAAGAGGAAAAACAGAAGAAAAGGUUCUUCUUAAGUUUUUAAAAAUACUUUUCCUUCUGAAAUCUGAGCCCAUUUCUGGGAGAGAGAGAGAGAGAUAAAGAGAGAGAGAAAAAAAAAACAAAAAGAGCAAAUCAGAAAACCCAUAGGUUUUUGCUUUAAAGCAAAAGAAGAAAGAGUUUAAAAACAACAAAAAUCCACAAUUGAACUUUCAGGAAAGUGUGAAGACCCAAAACAGCUUUGUCUCCAAAGAAGAUAGCUCUGUGACCACUAUGGAUAGUCUCCUGCACAUCGUUUUUUUCAGGUGGGAGAUCUUGAACAGACAUGCAGGACUCUAGACUGUUGGGACAGCCAUUUUCCAACAAACAAGGGGCCAAAAUAUCUGCAAUAUAGUAACAGCCUUAAUAAUACAUGCAUUUUUCGUUUUCUACAGCUGUUCUCAGCUUUGUCCACAACGUUUCAUCACCUCCAUACUCAUAGCUGUUUUCAAACAGGACCUUUUGAUUGUUUUGAAAUGUUUCUGCACCCCCUCUUGCCUCCUGACCCAACACCAUUGUGAUGUUCCUGCCAGUUGUGUUAGGCCUUUGUCCCAGGCCUUCCAUUGGUCUGUCAGCAAUACUCAGCAGAAAGCAGAGCAAGAAGCGUGUGUCUCUGAAGUAAUUAAGUGAUGGUUAUUUUAUAAAGACAUGGGACUCUGUGCAUACAUCGGUGUAACCCUUUGAGAACUAUCAGACCAGGCUACAGAGUCAGGUUGAUCAGUCUUGCAGUCUGAUCAUUGGUAGAACUGGCCAACAGUGAAAGCCAUCACAGGUUCAACAAGUUCAGAUUUGUAAAGUAUACCUUAAAUCCCAUGUAAUUCUUUAAUGACUGACAGCAACCCAUAAAUGGUUUUAUAACAAACAACAGUGAUGUGACUUGCCAAAAUUUUUCUGGCAAAUAAAAAGAGAUAUUUUGUUAACAGUAUCUUAUGAGAGUGAAAUUUUAUUUGGAUAAUUGGUUAGAACAAUCUAAGCCUUUUCUCCUUCAGACAUACUGAAUUUUUUUUUAUUUAAAAUCCAUUGCAUGAAAAUUCAAUUUGCCAUAAAAUAUGCAGUUAGCAUUGUGGGGUUAAAAAGGAAUUAAAACAAUGACUCUGAGUUUGCAUGAAUAUCUUCCAAUGCAUUAACAAUUGCAUGUCAGCCAUAGUUCUCAAAGGGUUGGUGUGGCUUCUGGCAUUUAGCCAUCCAUUUGAUCACUGACAGAGCCAAGAGACACCAAAGCAUUCCAUUGUUGAGUGUCAUUUGUCCUAACAGCAGUAUUGUCAUUUUCAUGUGACCUGCAGAGCAGGUUUGUAUCAAUAUUUUUUUCCUAGAGAAAAGUCAGCAACUGACAGACCUCUAUUGAUUUUAGGAGCUGCUUCUUGCAGUGAAAGGCUUUGCAGCCACGGGGCUGUGAACUUAUUAGAGAUGGUCAGAAAGAAAGCACCCCGUGAGUCAGACAACUGGCUUUGUGUGAAAGCCAGCUUUGGAGGGGAUUAGCUUUUGAAACAAUGAACAGCUUGCCUUGAAUUUGAUAUUGAUCUGUUGACUGUCAUUAACAACUUAAACAUUGUCUUCUGUGAAAAAUUUCCCUGAAGAGUCCUGUUCUGUGUCUUUGCCCUUUGACCUUUAACUUGCAAACUGGCACAAACUGAAGGAAAUCUGGUGUCACUGCUCCAAAACCUAGUAAGCAAGAGCUGUUUCCUUAGAGUGAAGAGAGAGUUUGGGUAUUGGAUCUGCAGGUGGACGCUUUGCUCUCUACAUGCACACUCUGAAUAUGCCCUAUAGGUAGAGGUAUUUUUUAAUUUUCUUCUUUAAUUUCAAGCUUAAUUUCAUCAUUUUAGUAAAAAUUACAAAAAAACAUAGGAAAAAAAAACCUCAAAUACUUGAAUGGCCAGUGUGGCUUUUAUAUAAAGCAGGAAUUUUAUACUAGUGAAAAUUUCUUACUCAUUUGCUAAUAAUACACAUUUCCAGAUGAUUUUUAAUGAGUGUAGGUAUACAUUCUUAUUUGGAAAUGGAUAGUUUGGCUGCCUUGAAUUUAUAUUUAUACUCAACAUAGCAUGAAAAUUAGAAUGCCUUUUGGUUAAACUACAUGUUUAUGAUUUGGUUGGGGAAAAUAUUUUCUAAUCAUGGGUGGCAUGCUGAAAAGCCUUGAAAACUGGUGUUUCCUACAAUCUGAGCAUAUAUCAUGUAAGGCUAAGUCAAAAUGAACAGUUAGGAAAGAGGAAUGGCUUCGUAGCACCACAUUAUGAAAUGUAGAUUGUACUUCAACAGGACAUCAAAGAUUUUGAAUGUGAGGGCCAAUAAGAAAGGGGAGGGCAAGGAUCAGCCCUGUAUUUCUACUUCAAGAACUUCCUUUCUAGAUGAUGCUAAUAUUAUAGUUAGUUCCUACAGAGCAUGGAGGACUGUAUACAUAAGCCUGUUUAUACAGUGUUUGCUUGUUAGAGGGUUUAAUCCUUUCAGGACCUUGAUGUCAAGGAAAAAAUGACUGGAAACUCUUCUUUUCUAAUGAUAGAAGUGAGGAGCUGUAACAUUUUGGGACAUGUGCAAAUCAUUGAGAAACUCCAUCAAUGUACAUUGAACUUUUUUUCUCUCUAAAAUCAAAAAGAAUUUUAAUAAGCAAUCUAUUGCGUCUUUACUCAUUCAUCACAGUACAAGACUGUAAGUACCUAAGGGCUAGAAAAUAAUCAUAGCAUUGAAAAGGAAGGAAUCUUCAAUAUGCUUGAAUUAUAACAAACAUCGUGGAUAUGAUUUGGGUUGUGUUGCCUUGAAUAUGAGAAGUCUAUGUAUUUAAAAAAAAGGCUUAUAUGUCUACUAUCUUGACUAAGACAUUUAUAAGACCACAAAUGAUAAGAACUAAAUACAAUGUAAUAAAAAUCACUGGGGUUCCUUUGUUCAUUGUGUGCCAGGCACUUCAUUCAUAUGGUGACUCUUCUUACACUUGGGAUUUGUUUAGAAAGGAAAACAAAAGAAAAGAAAAAUAUGGCAACGCUUAAGAAAGCAUGAAAAUGAAAAUGAUUAAUUAAUCCAGCAUAUGAAAAUAGCAAUUUAAAUUUAAAAAAGGAAGUUCUCUGGAUGAGGAACAUAAUGUCAGCUCAAUAUUUGUGAAGACAUGGAACCAAUCAAGUUUUUCCUGUCAUCUCUAAAUAAGUAACAAGAAAAGCUCAGACCUACUAUUUCCAAAACUGAAAUGAAAACAUAUUCAUGUUCAUAAAAUAAUUCAUCUGUUUCAUUUUUUAUUACUUUACCAAAUAUUGAAGAUAACUGUAAACAAGGUAAUGGUUUUACCUAAAAUAAAUUUAUAGUUUAUAAUUUCAGAUAAAUAUUGUUUCUCUAUAUAUUAUUAAUCAGACUAAGUAAAAUAUUAAGAUGAGUGAUCAGUUUGAAUUUUCUAUAAAGCAGUAGUUCUGCAUCAAUCCUGUAGAGAAAGUUGUGAUUUUAGGUACCUGCUAACCCAUCUGAGAACCAAGUUUGCUGCAGAGACGGCGACCACAGCAGGUGAAGACAGAUGUUCUCUGACAUAGCAGAGGUUACAGAGCUCAAUUAGAGGAUAAUAGGCACUACUGGCAAAUGUAGUUUCCAUUCCUAACCAGAGAGCAAUGCUUUUCUCAACCAAAUGUAAUAAAGUACUAAGUAAUAAUCACCAAAAGACAAUUACUAAGUAUUAAAAGAUAGAGACAGCUUCACUGAAAUAAGAAAAUGUUUGUGACUCGAGCUGCCUACAGUCUCUUUUAUCAACACAUAAUUUGGCUUUUCAAAUACUGUACAUUUACUUUAUUUCAUUUCUGUGAAUGAUUACAAUGCAAUGUACUGGAUAUAAGAGCAUUGCCUAGAUUCUACUGCUCAGUGUGAUAUCUGAAUAAGAGUGUAUAUACUGGAUCCUAGGAAGAGUAAUGUAAUAGUCUCAAGUUCUCCAUGUUGUGUUGAUAUCUCUAAUAUGGCACAAAUUCAGAUUCUUGUUAUGUGGACCUUACAAUUGAGUAACUGGUGCGCCCAUAUUAAUUGAUCUCAAUGUGCUAUCUGAAGAAGAAUAGAUGUUAUACUUGAAUAGAAAUGUUAAACAAAAGUCAUGAAAAUAACCAAUUUUUUAGGUAUUUGGUAUUUAUUUCCAGAAACAAAUAAAGGCAGUGAUUUGAUGAUAGUUUUGAGUCUGUGAGAUUGUAGUAUAUAAUGAAAUAAGCCUGGGGAUGGUGAGGAAAUAUUUACAGUAAUCACAGCAAAAUGUUUAAUUCUUGAUACCUUAAAGAUCAUAUUCCAAGAUAUCAUAGACACAACAUACCAUUUAAACCACAAGUGUGACAUUCAGAUGACCUAUGGCAAAGAGCUAUAAAUACAAUCUUCACUAAUCUAUGAUACCACAGAAGAGGUCAAGGAACUCAUAGGGUAGAAUCUAGGCAUUCCUUCCAAAGGCAAUCACCUCCCCAAUAUUGAUGUAUAACAACCCCAGGAAACAAGUGCCAGAGUCUAAUGACAGGUUUCCUGAUGCCAGAGUGGAAAGGAUAGCUAUAUUGUAUAGUUGAAACAAGUCCCUUUUCAAGGCUGAACUUAGCAAAAUAAACUAACAACCAGGGAUAGUACCACACCAUUAAUAUGAAAGCUUUAUUUUAUAAGUAGAAUGAGCAAUGGAGAAGGACAAAACCAAUCUUUUAUAAAAUAUAAAGUCAUACUCUAGCAAUCUGUAAUAUUACAACUGGAAGUUUUACUUUAGCAAGAACAAAAAUAAUAGAGAAAAAUGAAACUUCAAGCUCUUCACACCAGUGAUGAGUAUGUUAUUUAUCAAUGUAUAUACUUAGUCAGUGCUCAUUAGAUGUGAACCAUGUAAAUGCAUCUGAUACUUAUCCAUUGCCUCAUAAACCCAAAAUGUUAAAAAUAUGCAUUCAGUAACCCCAGUCAGAGAGAUGUUAGAACCCUGUGAGAAAAGCCAUUUCUCUAGGAUAGAAAUUUACCUCAAUAAUCAUAGAACACAAAACAUGUGGCAUAGUAGCAAAAGUUGCCUUAGUGUUCUAGUCUGAUCUAAUUGUAGACGUUGUCUAUAAUGCACCACUGACAUCGUUUCUCAUGUCUUUCUAUUGGUCUAAGUUUGAGUUGAUUUUUAAGUAUUUCAGGUAAGGUUAAUAACAUCUAAUUAUCUAUAUCUCCUUCAACAUGUCUACUCUGACAUAUAAUUCAAUAGUAUAGAAAGCCUAGAAUGAAUACUGACUUGACAUAUUCACAGAAAUUCAGAGAAAAUUACUGGUGAUAUUUCAAAAUUCCCAUCUAUUUUCUGGUAGGAUCCAGAAGCAGCAGCUUUCAGUGUUGGAACAUGGCUAUGAACUGAUGACAAAACAUGACAUACAUCAUUUCUUUAAAAUAAUCUAGUAUUUAUAGUAAGCAGUGAUAGAAGACUAUGAGAAGUUUAGUGAUGUAACAAAGGCUUCACAGGCAUUGGUAGUGAAUGCUUUUUAAAGAAAAUGGGGCAAAAUCAGUACUUGUGAUCAGUACAUUGUAAGCAUUAGAAGCUAUAUAUGGAGGACAUUCGUAUAUGGAGAGAUCUGAGAUUCUCUGCCGUUCAACUGAAAAAGCAGUGUGUCUUGGAAUUUUUCUUAUAUUAACAUAAUGAUAUUAUUCAGAUGUGUGCUCGACGUGUCCUUCCAUGAAAGGGAAUGCCGGGCUCUGCAGGAAAACAUAUCACAAGCUGGAGUGUUGUGCUGAUUCACGUGACAUUGCCAUAUGCUCUGCUACAGAGCUGGAUAGUUAUGCCCUUAAGAAGGGAAGAAAAUAUCAAAUAUAAAUAUAACUCUUUCCAAUUCUGCCACUUAGCUUCAAAGUAAGAUAUCACUAACUUUUAUUUCACUGAGAAAAUGGAAAGAAAGAAUGGUAAGCAAGAAUAAAACAAACAAACAACAAAAUUUCAGCUGACAAAGACAUUUUCUACAGUUUCCUUCACCUGCUUUUGUUCAUGGGAGAAAAAAUUUUUUCCAUAUAUAUAUAUGAGUUGCAUAUAGACUUCUUUCUAGCACUUGAUAUGUAGCUAGAUUGGAUCACAAGCAUAGUAUUUUAACACAGGCCUUUGAUACAUGCCUCAUACAUUAUGUAGCUCUGGUGAGGUAUGACAUGAAAGGAUGCUUUUCCCUAGGAUAGGCUACGGUGCUGCUUGUACUUGCCAUAUUUGUAUGACUGUGUGUUGCUUUGUUGGUCUGUCUUGCCAGGAUACCGAUGAAUAAAGCCUUGUGUAAAUUGUCUAUUUGAAGUCACUAGAAUGCAUGUUUGCUCUCAUGUGAUACCUUUGGAUUUCAUUCCCUUUCUGUAUACUAAUAGGCCACUUGUUAGUAUAAAACAUACUUUGAAUGAAUCGUUUCAGUAGUAAUACAGGGGUUUUCUAAUAUAAUAAUUUUUACUGCUCUGAAAUAACAUUAUCACCUCACUUCUUGCUCCUUGUGAAUUCCAUUUCCUAUGUAAAAUUAGGAAUUUAUGUUGGAUCAUCAUUUCCUUCUUAUAUAUGACAUGAAAUCCAUUAUUCCUUUCUGUACUCAUGAAUCCAAAUUCUCACAGUCAACCAAACAUGUAUUCCAAUCAAGAGUGAGUGAUCAUCAUCAUUUUCCACCCCGCUUCUGUGAUCGUUAUUUGAUUCCUUUCAGAAAGUCACCAAUUUUUCCACCCCAAUUUUGUUAUUUUUUAAAUCAGAUUUUAUUUCCUUUCUGUUUGUGAAAAUGAGAACUUAGCAGCACAUAGGUGAAACCCUGGAGAUGUGUCUUUGUUUCCCAGAAUUUUCCAACAAAUGUUACAUGUAAAACACAGUCCUUAUCACAUCCCAAACUCUUUCAUUGGCAUAUAUUUUUAUAGAGCUCUUCCCCUGAAAAAAAAGUGAAAUGCUGAGUAUAAUUGCUGUUGUCUGAUGAUAAGACAGCAAUGAGAAUUUAUUUUGGGAGAAUGUAUCAAAUAUAAAUAUAAAGUAUGGUAAAUAUCACAAUGUAGUGUUUAAGUACAUCAGGAGGAAAUGCAUGCCUACAUCCUAGAAUCUUUGGGAUAUUUCCCCUUAGUGGUAAAUUACAGAUAUAUGAAAGAGAUAGAAUAAAAGAAUAAUGUAUAUUACAGCAGUGGUUUCUGCUGCAUUGGUUUUGACUGUAUCAGCAUUUCUAUUGUGGACCUCUAUUUUCAGGGGAUUUAGAGACUUGGCCAUAAAAAUUUGCUUCAAGUAUAAAAGUCUUUAAAGAUUUUUUUCUUACAUGUAUCUAAUUUUAAUCAAAUAUAUUUUGGUUUUAUAUUAUUAAAAGUAAAUUGAUGAAGUUUACUAGUUUAAUUUUGUGCUAAUAUCAACUAAAUAAGCUUAAUUUUUAAUAAAAACAAAAUAUAAUCAGUUCAUAGUCUAAUUUUUUAAACAAAUCAAGUAUUGUUGACAUUGAGAAAUUUACCUGCUUCACCAGUGUGGUAUUUAUCUUCAAGAUGUUUUAAGACUUCAAUACCUAUUGUUAUCUUGAUUCUAAUAGUGGAUCAGUAUAACUGACAAUGAAUAUAGAUAUGUGAUAUCUAUAUAAGCUAUCUUAUAACAUAUAUUUGGGAAUAUAUAGUAUAUGAUAUAUGUGUGUAUAUAUAAUACAUAUAUAUUCACUAGACAGAUUAAAAGAAAGACGAUUCCAUCAAUUAUUAAAUAAAUACCAUAUAUUUUCUCAAAUACUUUUACAGACAUUUAGCUUUCAGAGUCCAAAUGAGAUAUAAGCAAUCACAGAAGGAAGUUGUCUUCUAGGCGAACAACAAGUGCUUUACAGCUUCCCGUGAAAAUCACCUUUCAUUUAUAUAGUAUGGAUAUUACGAAUUAAAACAUUGAAAGUAAAGCAGGAUUUAUUAAACAACAAUAGACUGUGAAGCAGAGAGAAAGGCCAGGAAGUUAUGAUUUUAGAUAGUUGUCUUGUGGUUAUCUGUACCUUAGCUUUUACUUUAUUCCUUAUGAUGUUUUCAGUUACAGAGAGUAUGAAGCUAUAACUGUGAGUUUCUGAGUUUCUUUCAUUGUACUUACACUACAUUAUCUCACUAAGGUUUUGAUAACAUGUACUUUUCUGUGUACAAGGCAUGAAAUAACAGAUUUAUUUUCUCAGUGGAUUUUAAGAGUUGAAUGUUACAGUUUUGCCCACACAGGAUUAUAUAAAUUUAUUCCAUCUUAAAUUUGGCAUAUAUAUAUAUAUAUAUAUAUAUAUAUAUAUAUAUAUAUAUAUAUAUAUUUUCCCGAUUGCUUCUACUGACAAACACAAAGCUUGUUUGUGUGCAAAUAAAAGGCUAAAUAAAUGGUGCUAAAGUGUAUUAUGACUGUCAGAUAUAAUCAGGCAAAAUUUUGUGGUGCUUCAAUUAAUUUUUCAUUGAUUUUAUUGACCAGUGUGUUGAACGGUGUUUAUUCACAAAUUGUCUUUUAUUAGUAAAAUUAAGGCUUCAUAGCACAUUAUUAAUAAAGUGGUUGCCUAGUUUGUGUAAUAGCUAGCUCACCAAGCUAUUAUCUCCUUGACUCCUUAUAAUGAGGCCUCAUUAAAGGUCAAGGGUCAUGCUAUUAAUCUCAUUCUAAAGAUCAGUAACAUGACUGAAUAUUUUCACAAGGUACUUAUGUUUACAAUGCUAUAACCCUUUGACCGCUGUGGCAACCUUAACCAUACAAAUGUCACAAGCUAGAAUCAUCAGCAUGGUUUUUGCCAUGGCAAUCAAAGAGUUAAGGGCUGUGCAGUUAUUUGUUUUGUAUUUAUUAAUUUAUAUUUAUUUCAUUUCCAUUCAAGAAGGGGUUUGGAUGGGGCAGUGUUUGUCUGCUGUAAGUGUCUUAACCUAGGGGAAGGUUAAAUGGCUUUUUAUACUGUUGCAUCUUCUGUAUUUACCAUCGAUUCAUUGUGUUGUAAUUUUAAAAAACUGUCAAUAAAUAAGAAAACCGAAAAUCGUUCAUAGACA